AUGGCCUUCAAACGCCGUCGAUUGACAUCUGGGACAUCAUCCCGAUCUCAAUCAUCCUCCAGACCACAGUCAUUCUCUCGACUGAGCUCUGUGCCUCGGAGCAAUGCAGCGUCGUCACCUGCUCUACCACCACUCCAACCUCAGAAAAGACUUUCCCUUGGGAUUCGCGGCUCCAGUGUUGCCAGUAGCACGCUGCGGGGAGAAGAAGAUGUACGAGCAGAGCAUCUUGAAACGGAAGCUGAAAUACAAGCUCGUGAAGACGCGGAUGAAAUGAACGAAGUCAUUCUUGCCGUCGACAUGAGAGACCGUGGCACAAUAGGAAGUGCCUACUACGUUACGAGGGAAGAGAAACUCUGCCUCAUGGAGGACAUCAAGAUGGCAGGGCUUGAUAUUAUUGACACAUUAAAACUUCACGCACAGCCAACUCUGAUUCUGAUCAGGACACGAUCGGACGAGAAGUUGGAGGAUCAUCUAGCCAAAGAUGCACGAGGUAUCGAUCGAGGAGAUGAAGCUAAUGAUAUUUUCGGAUCUUAUAUCCUUAAUUCCCGAACGGCAGGAGAUUUCAAUGAAGAGAAGGCUAAGAAUAUGCUUAUCAACCUCGAACUCACUGCCGAUGAAGCUCCAAACAUCAUUUUCACGACUCCAGCAGAUGAAGCUGCUGGUGGUAUGCCGUAUGAGGAUAAUGGUGUUAUGGGUCGCCAAGGUAGGCUCUUAAGGCUCGCUGGUUGGAUUGAUCUUGACAGCAAAGUCACUCUUGGAUGUGCAGGUGCCAUCCUGAACUACAUAUCCAGGCGAAAGAAUGUUGAGUAUCUUCCAAACGAUCAGGCUGCUCUGGUUGCGUUUCGAAUUCGCACAAUUGAGAUGUUCACUCUUUCAGACAUGAUGUUUGUCAACGCUGAUACGUUGGCUUCACUCCAAAUCAUCCAGUCGGAGAACCAUCCUAAUUCGCACAUGCAAGGACCCAACAAGUCUACAUCUGGUGCAAAGGAGAGCUUGUCCGUGUAUGGUCUAUUUUGUCAUCUUGCCCAGAGCCCGCAGGGAAAGCAGAAGCUUAGACAAAUUUUCCUCCGCCCAAGUACCGACUUGAAUGUCAUCAGGGAAAGGUUGAGUACUAUCAGCGUCUUACUACGGCCCGAUAAUUCUACGUUGCUAGGAAAGAUCAGUCGUAGUCUGAAGAAGAUCAAGGACCUACGAUCCGUGAUGAUCCACCUCCAAAAGGGCAUCAGCGACACUCCAGGCCAGAAGAAUGCGUUCCGCAGAGGUCCGUGGGGAAGCAUUCAGAGCUUCACUUUCCAUGUUCUCCUGAUAUUAGACGCCGUUCGUGAACUAGCUGGUAGUCGGACAGUGGCUGUUGCGAACAAGUUCGUCGCUCAAAUACAGGUUGCUCGAAUCAAAAGUGUGGGCGAAAUGAUCACGAAUACUGUGGACUUCCAGAUCUCGGAAGAGCAACAUCGUACGGUUGUUAUGCCGGGCGUAGAUCCCGAGCUGGAUAAUUUUAAGAGAACAUAUGACGGCAUGACCAAUCUUCUAACCCAGGUCGCAACCCUACUUUCAAAGGAUUUACCAGAAUGGGCAACACAAUAUGUACAGAAUUGUAUCUUCUUUCCUCAACUAGGAUUUCUGACCGUGGUUCAUUUGGAUCCGACAACGGGUAAAGGCAAGUAUGAAGGGGAAGGCCUAGAAGAUGAUGUCUGGGAGAAGAUGUUUGCUAGCAACGAUAUGGGCUACUACAAGAACCGGCGCAUGAAAGAGAUGGAUGACUACUUUGGAGAUUUAUGGAGCAUGAUUUGUGAUAGGGAGAUCGAGAUCAUUCAUGGGCUCGCCGUCAAAGUUCUCGAGCAUGAGCAACUUCUUGUGUCCGCCUCUGAUCUUUGCGGAGAACUUGAUUGUCUUGUCGCAUUGGCGCUGGGCGCUCAAAAAUACCGAUACAGUCCGCCGCAAGUGACGAGAGCCAAUGUGAUGAGCAUCGAAGGUGGUCGCCAUCCAUUGCAAGAGCUCACUGUCCCAGCCUACAUUGCAAAUGAUUGCUUUUUGAAAGGAGGAGUGGGCGAAGACGAUGAAGAGAACAGCAGCCUCGUCGAAUCGCGAGCUUCAUCGGUUUCGCAGAGCAUUGAAGGUCCUAGCAUGCUCAUUAUGACUGGACCUAAUUACUCAGGAAAAAGUGUAUACCUCAAACAAAAUGCUUUGAUCGUCUAUAUGGCACAUAUUGGUAGUUUUGUGCCUGCUGAGAGAGCAGUCAUAGGAUUGACGGACAAGAUUUUGACAAGAAUCGCAACAAGGGAAAGUGUUUCGAGAAACCAGAGUGCCUUCAUGAUCGACCUGCAACAAAUUACACUGUCUUUGACUCUCGCCACCAGUCGUACUCUCAUCAUCAUUGAUGAGUUCGGCAAAGGUACCAACGCCUCGGAUGGUGCAGGUCUCUGUUGUGGAGCUUUCGAAUAUCUUCUCAGUCUUGGUAUUAAUCGACCAAAGGUCCUUGCAGCCACGCAUUUCCAUGAAAUCUUCGAGAAUGGGUUCCUUAGCGAUAGACCAGAGUUGUCGUUUGGGCACAUGGAAGUUCGUGUAGAUACGCAGGCGGAACUGGUUGAAGAUCAGAUUACGUACCUAUACAACUUUGUGCCAGGUCGAAGCAUCUCUAGUUUUGGCACCACUUGUGCUAUGAUGAAUGGGAUUGAUACAGCAAUCGUGGAGAGAGCUGAUGAAUUGAUUAUCUUGGCGGCUCGAGGUGAGGACCUCAUCGCUGCUUGCGCCAAGGUCUCCCCGGAUGAGCAACGAGAACUGGAAGACGCAGAACAGAUUGGAAGACAAUUCCUUGAGCAGGAGUUUCCGCUCCCAGAGGACAAGCAAGCAGCCGGGUUCAACGUCCGAAGUGUCUUGCAGAACAUUCUUGCCGUGAGUUCGAACUAA